AUGAAUGAUAAUACAGCUUUAAAUACCAUUUUAACCUUCGUAGAUAAUCAACUGUGCCAAUGGAAAAAAUCAAAACAGUUUAAGAAAAGCCCCUUAUAUAUAUUUAUUUCUGGACCACAGGGAUCUGGAAAGUCUUACUCUAGCAAAAAGAUAGGCGAACACAUAACAACUAACUAUUCUGAUAUUUCAUCACUAGCCAUUUCAAUUGAUGAUUUUUAUCUAAAAAGAGAAGAUCAAAUCCAAUUACAAAAUAAAUAUUCUAAUAAUAAAUUAUUAGACGGACGUGGAUUACCUGGCACGCAUGAUUUGCCGUUAUUAUCACAAUUUGUGGAAUCUACUCUAUCAUAUACAAAUAGUUCUUUAAAUGUACCCCAUUAUGAUAAAUCAAAAUAUGGUGGUCUAGGAGAUAGAGCCCCCACAUCAACUCAAAAAAAAUUGCCAAUCGAUGUUAUAAUUUUUGAAGGUUGGUUUGUUGGGUAUGAAUCUAUUUCUAGAAAUAUGAAGAAAACAUUGGAUGAAAACAUGAUUGACAUUAACAAAUAUCUCUUGCAUUAUAGCAAAUUAUUAUGGGAUAACGACCUAAUUUCGUCAAUUGGUAUAGUCUUUGCGACUAAUAAGAUACACAAUGUUUAUAAUUGGCGUAAGCAACAAGAACGUGAACUAAUUGAACAGACAGGUAAUGGUAUGACGGAUGAACAAGUUGAAAAAUUUAUUGACCGUUAUUGGCCAUGCUACGAAGAAUAUUUUGAAGAUUUCAUCAAGAGUAAAAAAUUGGGUAACAUUGCUACAUUGACUGUUACUAUAAAUAUCGAUAGAAACCUUGAGUAUUCAGAAAUAUCUUUACACAACCAAUGA